AUAUAUAUAUAUAUAAUAUAUGAUAUAAUCAAAUAAAGUCUGUUGUGAAUUAUAUUUAACAAUGUACGUAGUUUAUCAGUUACAUCUCUAAUGCAACCUAACACAAUGUGAAAUGUCUUUUUAACAUAACUUUGGUGUCAUGAUUUAACGAAAUAAUCUACUUUUAUCAUAUUUUUUACUCAAAUGCAGCCGCAUCAACAAUAGAAAGAAUUUAUUUUUAAAAAAUUACAUUUAUCUAAACGAACAAUUUCAUGUGAUAUUGCAGGCAGUUUGUUAAAACAUGGGGAUUUUACCUUUAAAAACCUUCCUCAAUUGUUUGUAAAAAAAACCUAUACGGAUAUAAAGAUCCUUAUGGGACAUAAUAAUUUUUGCUACGAAAUCUUUCUCUUUUAACGAGGAAAAUUUCUUGUCGCAAACACAUGUCGAUGUUACAUAAUAAAUUUUCUGAGAAAAAGAAAUGUUUGAACAGUCAUUUGUCAAAGAAACACUUGUUCAUACUUUUUGACAUCUGCUUAGAGUCUCGAGGAGGUCGUUGUUAUAAGCAAAUAUUACAGCAAAAAUAACUAAUUGUUUAAUCUAAAAAAUAUGAGUUAAUCGGUGGCUUGCGAAAUUCUCGCGGCUCGCUUAGAAUGAAAAUAAGUUAGACAAAAUUAAGUGGCUCUCGACUUUGAUAUAAAAUCACGAAAAAGAUUAAGGGCCACGGUAAGAGGGAGAGUGUUGCUGAAAAAAUAUUUAGACAGGUUCUGUAAUCGUUAUCUCUACGAUCGUUAUCGUAAUAUGUAAUCAUUGGUAUUCUUACCAAGACAUUGUAUAUAUAAAACGGAGCAAUUAAUACCACUUGUCAGUUAGCCGAUUUUUGGUGUGAAUUCGAGCGACAUCCUGGUAAUAUCGAUAAACAAUCAUGAAGAUCACCAUCGCAUUAUCCUUUUUGGCUGCACUUUGUACCAUCGAAGCCGUUCCGACGUCGACCAGUUUGGAAAAUCUGAGGAUUCGAGUAAGGAACACGAAAUGGAAUGUACAGACUACUAUACGUGAUCUAGAACUACUCCGUAUCCAUGCCGAGGAUGAUACCCUUCGACAAGUCUCGGAAAAAUGGAAUGAAGAACAAGACAACCACAGAACAUAUAAAACUAUAUUAAUUUCUGGAAUACGUAAUGAAGUAAACGACGCUAAGGCGGCGGGCAAAGACACGAGAUCAUUGGACUCAUGCUACGACAAGGCCGUCGAUGGUAUCAAGAAGAGUGAGAAAGCGGCGUAUGACGAUGCUAUAAAAUGCGUAGACGACGCUCGCGACUCCAUCCAUAAGUCUCUCAGUUUUGUCGACAAUCUCGUCUCGACUGGAGAAACAUUGUUGACGGAUUUGGACAAUGUCUUCCUGGAGUGUCACAAUACUGACAGAUACAGGAUGGAAAGCUGUAUCAACGGCGAAUUGGCGAAAACAGAAGCCUCUCUGAGGUCCUUGGAACAGGACAGAACUACCGCAGAGACCACUAUUGCGCCCGUGUCCAAGAAUUUCGUCACGCGGACUAGCAACUGCGUAAAACAGGCCUAUUCCGUCACAUAUACAACGGGAUCUUCGAUCAAAAUGGGACUCACUCUAUGCAUUGGAACUUCGCGUGCGGUGGCGACCGCGACAGAAAAACCAAGCCCAUAACUUUAAGAUCACUGCAUUUGCCGAUCACGACUAUUGUUCGUUGAAAGUGUAAUUCUCGAGAAAAUCAGGAAGUCAGAAUUGACGUCUCAAGAUUGUCAUUUCGAAAAAGAAAAACAUGUAUCACGAUAUUACGCGACACUCUGUAACUCUGUACCGAAUAAAACUAUAUAAAGCAUAGUUCGUAGUACAUGUCCCAAGAUUGGAGUUUCAUACUAUUUUUCAAAAGAGUAAUUCCGUAUGUAAUGUAAUGUGUGAAAGAAAUAAAAAUAUCUGCAAAACGAGAA